GCGCGCGUGCAGGUUUUCACACCGUGGACGAGAAGAAGUUCCUGGCUGGUCCGCGUCCGUCGUCGUCGGGUUGCGCGGGUCCACGUUGGUGGUGGUGCGAGUCCCGGGAAGGCUUUUAGCGGAAGCGAAGGCGCGCGCUUGCACGUGAAGAUGUGCGGAGGCGCGUCGGACUUUUUGCUUCUUGCUGGCGUCCGUCCUUUUUCUCUUUUGCUUCUUAUUGUGGUUUUGUUGCCGGACGCCCGCUGCACGCCAACCGACAGGAAAGUGUGUCAAGGGAUGAGCAACCAGCUGACACUGCUGGGCACGCGUGAGAACCACUACGACAACAUGGUGCGCAUGUACAGCAACUGCGCGGUGGUCCUGGACAACCUGGAGGUGACAUACACCCUGAACCACCAGAACCUCUCCUUCCUGCAGUCCAUCCAGGAAGUGGGCGGCUACGUGCUGGUGGCCAUGAAUGAGGCCCGUACCGUCCCGCUGCGCAACCUGAAGCUGAUCCGAGGCCAGAACCUCUACGAGGGCAAGUAUGCCCUGCUGGUCAUGUCCAACUACAACCGCAACCACUCGGCCGCCGCGAUCAACUUCACGGGCGGCCUCGAACAGCUGCAGCUCAGCAACUUGACCGAGAUCCUUCGAGGAGGAGUGAAGAUGAGCCACAACCCUUUGCUGUGCAACGUGGACUCCAUCGAGUGGGCGGACAUCGUGGACCAAAGCAGCGAUCCCAGCAUGCUUUUCAAGCGGGACGACUUUGCGCACCAAUGCGAGCCCUGCCAUCCCUCGUGUGUCAACGGCUCCUGCUGGGCGGCUGGAGCGGAACACUGCCAGAAAUUCACCAAGUUGUCGUGCGCCGAGCAAUGCAGCCGAAGGUGCCGCGGUCCCAAACCCAGCGACUGCUGCAACGAGCACUGCGCUGCGGGCUGCAGCGGCCCACGGGCCACCGACUGCCUGGCCUGCCGGCUGUUUAACGACGACGGCACCUGCAAAGACGCGUGCCCUCCCGAGAAGCUCUACGACCUCAAGACGCAUCAAGUGGUCCACAACCCCAACGCCAAGUUCACCUACGGCGCCAUGUGCGUCAAGGCCUGUCCCCGCAACUACGUGGUGACGGGAGGCUCGUGCGUGCGCACGUGCGACGCCGGCAUGUUUGAGGUGGACGACAAUGGCGUCCAGCGAUGUCGCACCUGCGAGGGAGCUUGUCCCAAAGCUUGCGACGGCGUGGGCGUGGGCUCCCUCGUCAACACCCUCGCCGUCAACGCCUCCAACAUCGAGUCCUUCCAGAACUGCACCAAGAUCAACGGCGACAUCUUCCUCAUCGAGACCUCCUUCACCGGAGACGCACACUACAAGAUCCCGCCCAUGGACCCGGCCAAGCUGGAAUACUUCCGAACUGUCAAGGAAAUCACAGGCUUUCUGGUGAUCCAGAAGUGGCCCGAGAACCUGACGUCUCUCUCCGUCUUUGAGAACCUGGAAAUCAUCCGCGGGAGAACCACGCGAGCGCACCACAGCCUGGCCGUGGUGAGGGCGCACAACCUCCGCUGGCUGGGUCUGCGCUCGCUAAAGGAGGUCAGCGCCGGAUGGGUUACGCUCAAGGACAACCCUCAGCUGUGCUACACGCGCAGCGACCAGUGGACUCGCCUCUUCCGAUCCGCCGACCAAACCGUCACGCUGAGGAACGUGGCGUCGCCGCAACUCUGCCAAGAGCAGAAUCGUACGUGCCACCCUGAGUGCUCUCAAGAAGGCUGCUGGGGGCCCGGGCCCGCCAUGUGCGUCUCCUGCCGACACUUUGACCGUAGCGGGCACUGUGUGGACUCAUGCAACCUGCUGCAUGGGGAGCCCAGGGAGCUGGCGGUGAACGGCAGCUGUGUGGCAUGUCACCCCGAGUGUCUCGCUACAGAUGGGGCUCCCACCUGCCACGGACAGGGUCCCGAUCAAUGUUCCCGGUGCGCCCACGUCCAAGACGGCCCCCACUGCGUCCCACGCUGCCCUCAUGGCGUCAUGGGAGACGCCGACAUGAACGUCUGGAAAUACGCAGACGGCCAAGGCCGCUGUCAAUCGUGCCACCGAAACUGCACUGAGGGGUGCACGGGGCCGGGAAUGUCGGGAUGCUCCGGCGCCGCCCGGAGUUCCACGCUGGCGGUGGGCGUGGUCAGCGGGCUCCUGCUCGUCGUCAUCCUGUCACUGGUCGUCUUCGUCUUGCUGCGGCGACGACAAAUCAAGAGGAAGAGGACCAUGCGGCGCCUCCUGCAGGAGAGAGAGCUGGUGGAACCGCUGACCCCCAGUGGCGAGGCCCCCAACCAGGCUCUGCUGAGGAUGCUGAAGGAGACGGAGCUGAAGAAAAUCCGGGUUCUGGGCUCCGGAGCCUUCGGAACAGUCUUCAAAGGUCUUUGGAUUCCUGACGGAGAAGGUGUGAAGAUCCCGGUGGCCAUUAAAGUUCUCCGAGAGGCCACAUCACCAAAAGCCAACAAGGAAAUCCUGGAUGAGGCGUACGUGAUGGCGAGCGUGGACCACCCCCACGUGUGCCGCCUGCUGGGAAUCUGUCUGACCUCGUCGGUGCAGCUGGUGACGCAGCUGAUGGCGUACGGCUGCCUGCUGGACUAUGUGCGGCAGCACCAAGAACACGUGGGCGCUCAGUGGCUUCUCAACUGGUGCGUCCAGAUCGCCAAGGGAAUGUGCUACCUGGAGGAGCGCCACCUGGUGCAUCGAGAUCUGGCGGCCAGGAACGUGCUGGUGAAAACGCCCAAUCACGUCAAGAUCACAGACUUCGGACUAGCCAAACUCCUGACGGCCGACGAGAAAGAAUACCACUCGGACGGGGGAAAGGUUCCCAUCAAGUGGAUGGCCUUGGAGUCCAUCCUCCAGUGGACGUACACGCACAAGAGCGACGUUUGGAGUUACGGCGUGACGGUGUGGGAGCUGAUGACGUUUGGGUCCAAGCCGUACGACGGCAUCUCGGCCGGCGAGGUGGCGUCGCUUCUGGAGCGCGGCGAGCGCCUGCCGCAGCCGCCCGUCUGCACCAUCGACGUCUACAUGCUUAUGGUCAAGUGUUGGAUGAUCGACCCGUCCAGUCGGCCCAGCUUCCGAGAACUCAUCGUAGAGUUUUCCAAGAUGGCGCGGGACCCCAGCAGGUACCUGGUCCUGCAGUGCGAGCCGCCCAGCCCGUCCGACAGCAGGUUCUACUCGCGCCUGCUCAGCUCGGACGAAGCCGACGACGUGGUGGACGCCGAGGAGUACCUACUGCCCUACAAAGGCUCCAGUAACCACAGCGACCAUCCCUGCCGUGCCGCGGCUCAUCCCGCACGAGCCAAUAGUCUCGCUAUGCGCUACAUCAGCGACCCCACUGGAAACGUCUUCGACAAAGACCACCUCCCUGGACACGAGUACGUUAACCAGGCUGAGGCCGGUGGCAGCAGCGCCCGUUCAGACUUCCACAAUCCCAACUAUGAAGACUCCAGUGCAUUUUGGGGUUCCUCCUCACCGCCCUUCCCGCAGGAGUACAGAAAGAUGGGCCCUCGAGCCCAAGAGGGACCCGAAUACUUGAACACGGCGCAAAAUUCGCUGCCCCGUGCCGCCGUCUUGGACAACCCCGACUACCGGGCCGACUUCCUGCCCGAGCCGCCCGAUGCUCUGUCCCGGCCCGCCGCCCAGAACCACGAGUAUCUGGGCUUGGCCGCUGCGAUGCAGACAUCCGCCUACUAGGGAGAGCCGCACACUCUCAAAACUGCAAUAUUGACUUCAUGAGCCUCUCACAAGUUUUAUUUUUUAUUUGUAUCUCAGAAGAGAAUUCAAGAGCACACUUUAUGUAGCUUUUUAGAUUUAACUUAAUGUAAAACCGUCAUUGUUGGUGUUAGAAAGAAGCACGUGUUCAGAGUGUUGUUGUUGUUUUUUUUUAUAUUAAAUCAAUGAAGAGUUUUACUUUAGAACCUGUGAAGAUCAGUUAGAUGCAGUUGAGCUUCUGUCCACAGGGUAGCGCUGCAAUGCUUAAACAUUGGACAGUCAUUCAAAUUAUUUUUACAUUCGGGACAGAAUUACAGUCAAAUCAACAAAAGAUAAUCUCAGAGGAGCCGUUUAACUUUUUCGCAUUUGUUUUCAUAAUAAAAACAAAGUAGACCAAAUUAUUUACUGAUUGCCACACGCAGUUUAAAGAUUGUAGCAAUGUUGGCAUUCAGAGUGGAUAGAAAAAGUUGAGAUGCCAUUGUUCACAAUCAUCAGAUUAUAAAUGGCCCAUGUUUUUGAUGUCUAGUUUUGGUACCCAAUUAUACAGUAGUUUGGGUUUCAGGAUAUCUGUACGCACCAAACCAACGCACGUUUAUUUUCCCCCCACUGAUGUUUGGCCUACGUUGGGAUGUUCUGCUAAACAUAAAUAAAACCUGAAUACAAUAA